AUUACAUAUUUGCUUAUAAUAUUCAUAUUUAAUAUAACUAUUCGAAAAUGAAUGUCACCGUUGCCGUAGCACUCUUGGCCUACACCCAAGUCAAAUCAAUCUUUGCCCAAAUGGCAACAAAGGUUGAUUAUGAAGGUGUCAUACCAACAACAGAAAAGCGUGUUAAAUUGGUGAUGAGUCUGUUGGAUUCAAAUGGCAACUUGGAUGAGGAUUUGGUAGAUCUCAUCAGGGAAAAAUAUAGGAAGCAUUGUGUGGAAAUGUUCACCAAAGCUUCUAGAUGUGAUACCGAAGAAGAAGGAGACAAAGUCAACAGUAUCUAUCGUAGCCGUGUGGAUAUCAACAACAUGUGCUCUAUCGAUAGUGACCUCUUCAUCGGAUACCUGAAUGUAGUUAGUUUCGCUCUGAAUGAACUGUUCACUGGUCUAUACGGGGAGAACUACCACGCUUUGGUAGAAGGGUACCUUGAAGCUGCUAUUAGGGAGAGUGGCUUGGAACCAAAAGAGUUCAAAUUCCUUAUCAGCAGAUUCUUAUUCCCAGUGUUCUACGAUGAUGUCAGGGAACUGUUCACUGCUUUGGAACCCGAAGAUCCAGAGUCAAGUUCGUCUGAAGAUGAAAAGGAGCCUUUAGACAUUAUGUAUAGUUGGGUCGAAAGUCAAACUAAAGGCCUAAAGCCUGCUGAGCACAUUGAUGAACAAAAGGUAUUACGUGCCAAAGGCAUGUUGUUUUCUGCCGAUAGGACACCGUUCAGUAAAAGUCUUGUACACAUGUUAUUGUACAACGUGUUCGCCGAAGAUACCGAAAAGGCACGUGAGGAAGUAAUACGUUGCUCCGGGUUGUUAAACGAUACAUCGUGUGAAACGGUGUAGAGGACACCCCAGUUAUACAUUUAAAUGUGACGUACGAUUAACGUUAAAUGAUAAGCUGCAAUAGAUAAUCGCUACUAUAUAUGAUGAAAAGUUCAUUCAAGGGUCCACUAAAGUAGCUUGCUGCCUAUUGAUAAAAAAG